UAAAGCCAGGCUGCGGCGCGGGCUCCCUGCGCUCCGCCCUCUUCCGCCGCGCUCUCCUCGGCUUGGGCCGGCACCGAGUGCCUUUCGCAAGGCUACCGCUGACCCGCAGAUCAUGGGGCUGCCUCGCAGGGAAGGGGAUGCAGCCGAGCUGCGUAAGAGCCUGAAGCCGCUGCUGGAGAAGCGCCGGCGCGCGCGCAUCAACGACAGCCUGGGCCAGCUCAAGGGGCUCAUCCUGCCGCUGCUGGGCAGGGAGAACUCUCGCUACUCGAAGCUGGAAAAGGCGGACAUCCUGGAAAUGACUGUGCACUUCCUGCAGGAGCUGCCGGCAUUCUCCUACCCCGCCAUUGCGCCCCCGCCCACGGACAGCUACCGCGAGGGCUACCGCGCCUGCGUGGCGCGCCUGGCACGCGUGCUGCCGGCCUGCGGUGUCCUGGAGCCCGCGGUGAGCGCGCGCCUGCUGGAGCACCUGCGGCGGAGAUCCGCCUACACCACCCCAGAGGCCAGGCCGGCCUCCCCGCCCUCUGCGCCCUCCCCGCCUGCGCCCGCGCCAUCCCCGCCAGCACAGCCCAGCCCUGGCCUCUGGCGGCCUUGGUAGCCCCUUGGUUGGGCCACAGAUCCAGCUCACUGCGAGCAACCUGGCAGGCUGGGCCAAAGGAGCUCUUGGCAGCAGCUGCCGUUCCCACGGACCCCAAGGACCAGUCCAACAUGGGCAGGAAGACCAGAAACAGAUGUGUAGCACCUGGGUGGCAGACUGAAGACUUGGAGGAAAUGAGGGAAUCGUCCCAAGUCUGGACAGGAAAAGGGGCUAUAGGGAGCUCCAGAAACCCCCAUCCUGGUUGGAGGAGGUGGCUCUGGAACUGGGCCAGCCACAAGUGCCUGGGCAGUGACACACCUGCCCUACUGCUGGCACCAGACCAAGCCGCUCACCUGGGCCAGGUGCAGCCAUCUGUCCUGACUGGCACUGCCUGCCCUCCCAGCCCUGUUCCUGCCUACUUCCUUUCCAGCUGGGCGUGGGAACCGUGGGACACAGAGCAGACAUGGCCUGAGGGCCUUUAUCACUGCCUGGAUUGCAAAGUACAAGAUCACAUAGACCCGGAGCCAUGACUGCCACUCCCAGGCUGUCGGGUGCCAGGGUGGGGCGGAGAGCCCCAGGGGCUCUGUCAGGGGGUUUAGAAGGACCUAGCUCCCCAGGCAUUAAUGUGACAGCAAGGCUGGGUGAUCUUGGGGACAAGAAUGAGCUGCCCUGUGGUUCCAAAGAAGCUGUCACCUGGGAGGACCUGAGCCCACACAGAGAUGGUGACACAGGACAGCAGAGAUUCAAGAGCCGGCUGCAGGCUUAAGGAGGGAAGCACCAGCCAUGUUUUCUCCUGCAAAGGGCUCCCUGCCAUUCACUGAUGAGUGUCAGCUGGAGCCUGGGAGCCCCUUGUUCCUCAGACAUUUCUUUCUUCCCAGGCAGCCUGCCAUGGGGACUAAGGGACAGCCCUGGAGAGGGGGACACUCAUAGUGAGUGCCCCGGAGAAAGGGGACACUCAGUCCCUCGCUCAUCUGCUCUGUCAUUGUCUGGGGCUCCGCUGAGCACUUUGGAAGGCUGGAGUGUUCCUGAGGUGCUGGGUGAGCAGACUGGACCGGAGACCAGGAUGCCUGGGGAAGAAGACAGACUGAUUGGGAAGGGGGCAGUCAGUCAGUCCGCCACCGGUGCCACACAGACCACGAUGCCUCAGGCCCUGGUUCAGGGGUGGAUGGGGGGAAGCUAUCAGUGCUGUGGCCCCUAGCAAGGCUAUGGUGUGCUGGGCCCUGCAGAUUAGACUGUGAGCCCCUAGUGGGCAGGGCUGGGGCUGAGUGGCCUCCAUGUCCCCGGGGUGCUGGGGGGCUUAGUGCUCAAUAAACACAGGGUUUCAGUGAACAGA